AUGUUCUUCUUCCACGUCUUCUCUGGCCAGAGAAUAGACCUUCCUGAAUUCCCAGUCCCGGAACUCACUGAUCAUGUUGCAGCAGUUUCAUGUCCUCCCUCGACAACUUCCCAAGAUUGCGUGGUUUGUGUCAUUAGCCGCAGCAGGGAUGCUGAAUUGGAAGCCAAGGUACUUCACCUUGGAGAAGAUCAGGCUUGGAUUGAAUCAAAGCAUUCUCGUUCCCGAGUUCACACCGAUACAAUCAAAUGUGCUGUUUAUCACACUGGAAUGGGAAUGUUCUGCUUUUUCGAUAGAGCUGCUUCCAGUACCAUGAUCACCAUAUCUACUGAAAAGCGACCUAUCGAAUGGAAAUGUAUUGAAUUCGGACCCGCAAAAACUGAGGAAAAUGUCGAGCCAUCAAGAUCAAAAUAUUUUACUCUUGUCAUGCAUAAGUUGAAGAAUAAUUUUAAGGACAUGAAGAAGAAGCGGGGGUUGACAGAGGAUGUUUCAAUUUCUACUUGUGGGACAAUUACACCGUCAAAAGAAUGUUGGAACAAUUUUAUUUAUAAUGAGAGCAUCAGCGACAACGAUGACGAAUCUAAGAACCGUUGUUUCAAAGGGGUAUGGAUCCAACCAACAUUCUCACAAAACUCCUUCAAAGAUGAUGAAGAGUUCGUGACUUUAAUCGAGAGCGUUAUUUGA